AUGUCAUCUUUAUACACCUUUUCUCAAGACACCUUGCAAGGACUAAAGAAGUUCAGUUUCUCGAGCUCUAGAGCGAAGACCAUGCAGGCCACUGUUUAUGCCAUCGACAGAAAGACAUAUGAAAUCAAGAAAGAUGAGGGCAUUGAGGACAUUGUUGAGUCUUUAGAAGAACUCGAGGAUGAGUUGCCUGAUACUUCCCCAAGAUUCGUGGUCCUUUCGUAUCCUGUCACCACCAAGGAUGGCAGAAUGUCUUUCCCGUUUGUUAUGUUGUAUUAUUUGCCUCCAAAUGCCAGUCAGAAUGAUAGAAUGUUAUAUGCUGGUGCCACUGAACUAUUUAAGAAUAAGGCGAAUGUUUCUAGAAUGUUAGAAGUUUCUGAAUCAGAAGAUUUUGAAGAAAUCCACGAUAUUUUGUCCGCGUGA